UGGUUUCCAGAUAAACACCUUCUUCCCAGACACACACAUCCUGUUGGAUUUUGUUGCCAUCUCAGCAAUUCUUAGCAUGUGUGUGUGUGUUUGUUUGUUGUUUACAUUGCGUGGAGAAGGGCUACCGUCGCCGCGUGUACUUUUGUGGUGAAAUUGGAUGUGAAGCUAAGUAAUAGAAAACGGUGCAAAAAUUAAAUUAAAAUUUACAGCAAAAGUUAACAGUGUGUGUGUGAGAAAGAAGUGUGAUUGUGCUUUGAAGGAGCAUAAGAAGAAGAAACCUACCUCAUUUACAGUGCGUGGCAGGCAGCGCUUGCUUAGUUAGCAAGUGUGUGCGUAAAUCUCAGUACGCUUUAAAGCUACCGUGCGUUUGUUUCGAAAAUAGCACCACCACGCCGGAAGAGUGCUAACAACCAAGUUCAGUCAAAGCAAUCUAUGAAAAGAUAGAUAAACCGAUCUUUUCAGUAAAAUACGAAAAAGAAAAUCCAUUGGCAAAAAAGCAAGUGUUUGAAGCAAAAUUAACGCAGUACAUUGUGAGCGUGUGUGUGCGUGUGUGUAAGAGUAAAAGAAAAAGCUCGAAAAAAAGCGAGUGAAACCCCGUUCCCGUUCUACGUUCUAGAAAACCCAAACAAAACAAACCGCACUGCGGCGACGCGCCUUUUUCCCUCCAGAAAAGGAAGAGAAAGAAGCAGUAGAAGAAGCCGCGGAAGGAUUCGUCCGUGCUUUGCUAGUAGUAGUGGUGGUUGUGCAUGGUGGUAGUGUGUGAGAAAGCGCUCCUGUCCGCUUCCGGCACGCCGUGUUUCCUCAGCCACCGUCUUUCGCCAGCAGAAGCUCAUCCUGUUUUGCACCUCACCAAUACACCUAUACGACGACCUAUACAACGCGACGACACGAUAUGGCGGGUGUGUUCGAUCUGGAGCUGCACGAGGAGGAAGACCUUCACGACUCGGAUGACGACGUUAUCGAGAUCGAGGAUGUCGACCUCGAACCCGAACUUCACAUCAACACAAAUCUAGAUACCGAAGGAUCUGAAACGAUACCACUGUCGGAGGAUAUUGUAAAUCCCGGACGAAUCAAGCUAGGACCGCAGGAUUUCGAGCUAAAGAAAGUAUUAGGAAAGGGCGGAUACGGUAAAGUCUUCCAAGUCAGAAAAACCACUGGUGCUGAUGCAAACUCGUACUUCGCGAUGAAGGUGUUAAAGAAAGCGUCGAUAGUUAGAAAUCAAAAAGACACAGCCCACACACGCGCCGAGCGAAAUAUUUUAGAAGCAGUUAGGCAUCCCUUCAUAGUAGAGCUAGUGUACGCCUUCCAGACCGGUGGCAAGUUGUAUUUAAUCCUAGAAUACUUGAGCGGUGGCGAGCUGUUUAUGCAUUUAGAGCGUGAGGGUAUAUUCUUGGAGGACACGGCAUGCUUUUACCUGUGUGAAAUUAUUCUGGCCCUGGAGCACCUGCACAAUCUUGGCAUCAUCUACCGGGAUCUGAAGCCGGAAAAUGUGCUGCUCGAUGCGAAAGGGCACGUGAAGCUAACCGACUUUGGUCUGUGCAAGGAACACAUCCAGGAGGGCAUUGUAACGCACACGUUCUGCGGUACGAUCGAGUACAUGGCCCCGGAAAUUUUAACACGCAGCGGACACGGUAAAGCCGUCGAUUGGUGGUCACUCGGUGCCCUCAUGUACGAUAUGUUGACGGGAACGCCACCAUUCUGUGCGGACAAUCGAAAGAAAACGGUCGAUGCGAUUCUGAAGGACAAGCUCAACAUCCCGGGCUAUCUGACGCCGGAUUCGCGCGAUCUGAUCCGCCGGUUGAUGAAGCGCCAGGUAUCGCAGCGUCUGGGCAGUGGACCGACCGACGGACAGGCGGUUCGGGCACAUCCCUUCUUUAAGAACGUUAACUGGGACGACGUGGUGAAGAGACGGCUUGAUCCACCAAUUAAACCCGUGCUGGUCAGCGAAGAUGAUGUGUCACAGUUUGAUACCAAGUUCACGAAAGAGAUUCCUGUCGAUUCGCCCGACGAAACAACGCUGAGUGAGAGUGUCAAUCUAAUCUUCCAGGGUUUCACGUACGUCGCUCCUUCUGUGCUGGAGGAGAUGCAGACGCGAGUUACAAUACCCCGAUCGCCCCGUCGGAUGCCGCGUCACCACCACCACAUGCACCAUCUGCAACACCACCAGCAAAAUCACCAUCACGGCAGCGGUGGCAGCAGCGGAGCCCAAGGUCCGGGCACCAGUCGAAUGAUGGGACCGGGUGGUGGAGGCGCCGGUGGUCAAGCGAUGGAGAAUGGCGCUUGGAAGAUGGCACCGCACCAUCUGCACCAUCCGCACCAACAUCCGCACCAGCAUCAGCAGCGAGUCAAUCAGAUGGUCCCGCCGAACCAGCAACAGCCGAUCGGCCAACCAGCUCAACCGGGCCACAAUCAGCCGCAGCAACCGGGGCAGGCCGGUGUGAGUGGUGCUGCCGGAGGGGGUGGUCCGGCCGCGGGCAGCAGACCGUUCAACGCCGCGUCAAUCUCCCGCCUCGCCUCCCGAACGCCUCCCCAUCUGCAGCAGUUUGCGCCGCGACCCUCGCCACAGGACGAAAUGAUGGAUGUGUAUCCGGAAAUGUCCAUCUCUUAGCCAACACUGGAAGAUUAUAGCAGUUAUAGAAAAUUUGUCACCUAAAGAUGAUGUGCAGCGCAGGCAGUGUUCUUUUGUGUGACACACCAUUGAUGAUGAUGAUGAUGAUGAGCUGUACAGUGCUGCAGCAUUAUUACGCCCAUCCCCUCAAACUAAUUAGCCUCUCCACACCCUACCCAUACCCGUAGUCUAGCGUAACCAAUAGGAAAAGGUAAAACAAUCGGGAAGGAAGUGAGUGAGUGAGUGCACAACAAACGUGUUGCAAAAAAGAGAGUGCAACAAACCAAGGAAGCAAAACUAGAAUAACGAAUUUUCCUCUCAUAUACAUAUAUUUUUACUUUUGUAGCGCAAUUGAUGAAAGCUGCUUUCGUUUUUGCUCAUGAAGGUUUAGACAAAUUUUGGUUUUCUUGCUCUUAGAAUGAACAUUUUGUACCCGAUUUCGGUUGGUGAUUGAGCCGUUAGUGGCCCGUCGUUACCAAAAUUUAGCUUUUCCUUUUUAGAUGGUUCGACUCAGGCAGAUAGGGCAUCGGUGUUCUCGUAGCCCCAGCGUAGAGAAACAGUAGCAGGAAGCGUAAACGAGAGCCAAUUGGUGCAGAACGGCAUGUGGGACAUUGUGAAUUAGAGUCCUUCCUUUAGAGUACGCGCUCGUUCGCCAGCUUUCGUCUGCUGUUAGCGAUCCAGUUAUCGGGAUGAUGUAUUUAGAGAUGAUUUUUGAUGGGUUUUUUUUUAUAUACAUAUAUGCGAAAGCUUUUAUAUUAUUAUGUAUCCAUCCUUUCCCUCACUUUUAUGCUUUUCGAACACCGAACAGUUCGGCAGAUAUUACUGAUAAAAAACAAACAAACAAAAGGUUACUAAAAAAUUGCUUGACAAACUUGAUGCUAGCAGAGCCGCGCGCUUGGUGGAAAAUUAUCGAUUUCAUUGCCGUACGCAACGGGGCUCUUCCGGGUGUGUGGCACUGUUGGGAGGAUUUGUUUUUUUGUACGGGAAAAUUGUAACAAAAUCGUUUAGAAAUUUUUGUAUUAUAAAGUGUUUGCCUGUGCGGCAAACGCGAGAGAGAGACAGACCACCAGAGAAUGUCCUUCCGGUUGUUGGCAGAAAAUUGCGGAAAAUUGUGUCGGUGUCGGUGGUACACACAAACAAGAGGGAGGCAAUUUUACUACACUCGCAAAUAUUAGCUAGCUACAAAGAAAUGCAUAUGACGAGAGGGGUUGCAUUUUCCACCAUAAGAAAAAUGAAAAGCUGGAAGGUAGAAAGCGCCACUUUAACACCCCUCCCCCCCCCUCCACAAAAGGACUAUUUACACAACUAAAACCUCUAUACGAACGAUCGCGUUGAAACUCCAAAAUGAUGGUGCGUAUAAAACAAUGAAGACACAAGAUGGAAAUUAUUACGUUACCUUCGUUCCCCCCCUCCCUGGUAGAAGAAGCAGAAGAAGAUAAUGUGCGACUUUUUGAUUAAAAUUAACAGAAGCAAAAAGGUGAAACAAACACGCUAUGUUCCUUUGUGUUGUUGCAGAUGUUUCCUGUGUUGUUUUCUAAAGCAAGCAAGCAAAAAGAAAAAAACGAAAAGCAAGCCGGAAAACGGCAAGAGCAAAAACAAAGAAA